CUGGGGUUGCGCGUGGUGCAGGAGAGUGUCGUGCAGGUCGGACGGUUUGAGUGUAUGGUGAGUUGGGGAGGAGACGUUUGCGUCGAAUAUUUUAGAAUAUUAUGAAUCUUCUACCGCGUACUGUCCACGACUUUAAAACCCACAACUAUUGGGACGAUUUCUUUCGACGACGAGGUGCCGAUGACACUUUUGAAUGGUACGGUGAAUACUCAGACAUUUGUGGGAUUCUCCACAAAUACGCUCGUCCGCAGCACAACAUACUUGUUGUUGGUUGUGGAAGCUCGGGUCUCAGUGAGACUCUUUAUGAUGUCGGUUAUCGUUCAGUCACAAAUAUUGACAUCUCUGAAGUCGUUAUCCAACAGAUGGUCGAUAGGAAUGUACACAAGAGACCUGAUAUGACGUUUGUAAAGAUGGACGUUGCAAAGAUGGAUUUUUCUGAUGCAUGUUAUGACGUUGCUAUUGAUAAAGGGACUUUAGAUGCUUUGUGUGUUGACGAGAGUGAAGAAGUUGUGACAAAUGUGGUCGCCAUGUUUGAUGAGAUUGGACGAGUACUGAAGGCUGGAGGGAGAUACGUUUGUGUUUCGUUGUGUCAGGAACACGUGAUGAAGAGAUUGAUUGAUGCGUUUGCAGAGAAAGGUGGAUGGUUUGUGAGAGUUCACAAGGUGGUUGUUGUUAGUGGGAGGAACGAGGAGCAUCAUGGGCUGCCGGUGUUUGCAUUUGUUAUGACGAAAGCAAAACCAGGAUUGGCAGUGAAGGUUUUAGAAGUCUGUCUUGACGGUUGUGACCGAGUGAUUCGUGUAGACUCGGCUGAACAGUUUCAGGAAGAGAUUAAGUCCGUACAACAAUAUGCAAUGCUCAGACAAUACAUGCAGCAGUAUCAUCCUGGUGAAGAAUUUCAGAUGACAUUCUGGUGUAAUCGAGAAGAUUCUAUUGAUGAUCCUCGUUAUACCGUCAUAAUUGUAGAUAGCAUCACUAAUUCGAGUCAGAAUGGAAAAUAUGCGGCCUUUAUUGUACCACAAGGAAGAGAGAACGAGUGGCUGUUUGCAUCACCAGAAGGUCGUUCUCAGUUGACCGUUAGUUCUGGGUUUCAGCGAUUGGCAAUUGCAUCAUUGCAUCGUGGACAGACGUAUGAAAGUUUACAGGCAGUGAAGGAAGAACUGUCAGGUAGUGUGAUGGAGCUUGCACCAUUAGAACUUCCACCAAAGCAAAGGGUGUUGUUUCUAUCUGUUGGUGAUGACGUUGGGCAAAGAACCGUCAUCUUCAAUGGCAUUUCUGACUUUAGCGGAAAGUUUGUUAUAGAAGACGUGACACAAGAGGACAAGACACUUAGUCGGCGACUCAUCUUUCUCAGCAAUCCGAACGUCGUCCAGUCAGAAGCAAGACUGAUAGUACCAGCUUUGCCAGGGAAGGGAAGAAAGAAGAAAGGGAAGAAGAAAACCUCAAGCGUGAAGGAACGUGCAAAAGUUGAUAUCAAUUACUUAUCAUGUACACACCAUAAGCACAUCAUUUCCGGUUUGGCUUGGUUGAGAGACUUCGGUCAGAGAGGCAAUCGUGUUUCACUACUGGUUGUUGGAUUGGGAGGUGGGAGUCUCGUCUCGUUUAUUGAUCGACAUUUGAUUGUAGUUUCUAUUACCGUUGUGGAAAUAGAUCCCAGCAUGUUGGAUGUUGCAACGAACUGGUUUGGUUUCUCACCGAGCAGUCGAACGAAAGUCGUCAUUGAGGAUGGACUCAAGUAUCUGGAAACUAUGGCUUCAUCUGGUCCAAAGUUUGAUGCUGUGGUGUUUGAUGUCGACUCCAAAGACAAGUCGCUUGGUGUUAGUUGCCCACCGCUUGCGUUUUUUAAUGCGGAUGUGUUGGAGAAUGUCCAAGCUUUGCUGAAGCCAGGGGGCAUUUUCAUAUUGAAUCUCGUCUGCCGUGAUGUCACCUUUAAACAUCAAGCCUACGAGAACAUCACCGCCACAGGCUUUCACACAAUCCUCAGUCUCCCAGUAUUGGGAGAAGUCAAUGAGGUAGUCGUAGCCCUCACCACCGACCCCUCCACAGGCUUGGAAAUGGAAAACAAACCAGCCGAAGCAUCAAAAGAUAGCGACGAUAAAGAACAUUUGAAAAUACCCGACUGGGUUGUAGACAAUGUGAAAUGCAUUGACAGAAUGAUCAGAGAUGGUCGUGGUAAGAGAGACGAAUCGAGCAGUGAAGGCAACUCGUUAGACAUUGCGAUUGACUUGUCGGCUCCAUUAGAGAGACUGAAGUUAGCGACAACGUCGGCGACAACAUGAAAUAUUAGAUGUUGUAUUGCUCUGGUAGUUUGUAUUGCAGAUGAUUCAGUGCAUGACGUAAAUGGUAAUAAUGACGUACACAUGGUAAUAUGUUAACAAUUUAUUCAUUUGUCGUGAUGGUUCAAUGCAGGGAGUUGAGAGUAGGGAGAAUAGGAGGAGAGAUGAGAAUGGGUGAAGAAA